AUGGGCGGAACACUCUGUUGCUGCUGCCGAUCCGCGAGCGAAGAGAACCAGCAGCUCACCGAUGUAAUUCUCUCCAGACAGCCGCCCCCACCUGGUGAGCCUGCUCAUUCGCAUUUCGAAAAUGGGCCAUCGCGGAACGCGGAAAAAUUCAUAGUGCGCGAACUUUAGAUGAUUUUUUGACUGGAAGUUAUGAAAAGUUAACUUCAAGUCUAAAAAAGGGCUAAUGCAUUCGUUUUUCACUUAAGUGAAAAAUUUUAAGAAGCUCGAAAAGUGAAAAGUGUGAGAGAGCGUCAUACAUUAACUGAUAUGAGCUCGAAAAAAAAGGAAAAGAUUUUAAAUGCUCGAAACGUAAAUUGUUCCCAAAAACUUUAUCAAAAUUGGCAAAUUUUUCCAAGACCAAUUUAUUUUUCCAAUGCAAAGUUAGGCCGUUUGUUAAUUCUAGGCCAUGUGCGAAAAGAGCGCUCACCCGGCCAUGUCUUAUUUUUUGUUUUAGAUAGGCAACAAAAUCUGUUUUAAUUCUUUUGUUUUAUCAGAAAAUAUUUUCAGAGACAUGCCGAGGAAGCCUGCUUGUCUUUAUCAAUCCGCACAGUGGACGAGGAAAGAGUUUGGAAACAUUUGCGCACACAGUCGGCCCAAAACUAGACAAGAACUUGAUUCGCUAUGAAGUCGUUGUGACAAGUGAGUAUUUUUUCAUUGUGUAGUUUCAAAAAGUCUUUGCAGCUGGUCCUAAUCAUGCGAAAAAUGUCCUGAUGACAAAGACUGACCUCGGAAAGUUCAACGGAGUGCUGAUUCUGUCAGGAGAUGGCUUGGUGUUUGAGGCUCUAAAUGGAAUUCUUUGCCGAGAAGACGCUUUCCGGAUAUUCCCUACUCUUCCAAUUGGAAUCGUUCCAAGUGGCUCUGGGAACGGACUUUUGUGUUCGGUGUUGGCAAAAUAUGGGACAAAAAUGGAAGAAAAGGCUGUGAUGCAACGAGCACUGGAAAUCUCGACGUCGGCGACGGCAAAAGCAGAAUCGGUGGCAUUGCAUGCAGUGAAAACGGACAGCCAAACGUACGCUUCUUUCCUUUCGAUCGGAUGGGGUCUCAUGGCAGAUAUUGGUGAGUGAAUGACGAGCUACUUCCGGCACCAACUAGUGGGCAUUCAGAUAUUGAAAGCGAGAAAUGGAGGCGAUCGUUAGGAGCACAUCGGUUCUCUUUGAGCGGACUUAUUCGGAGUUUCGGUGAGUUGCUUGUUCUUCAACGAUACAGUUGAUUUCUCUUGCAGCCUUACGAACGUACAAGGGAAAACUGACGUAUCGGAUUUACAAACCGAAGAGCUUCAAGCCGUCGUCAAAUGUGUUCAGUAUUUACGAAAAGACUAUGGAGCAGAGGGUUUGUUCACAGAAAAUGAGUUACCGUUGAAUGAUCCGAUUUAUUUACAGGUUGAAGAAUUGAGCGAGAAAGCAGAAAAGCUAUCGUUGGAGGAUGAUGCAGAGGAAAAACCGGUGCCACUUGAACGGUGGACUCUGCACGAUGAAGAUGAAAAGUCAGAAGAGGAGUUGGUGACCAUUGAAGAAGAUUUCAUCAACGUGUACGCGGUCACUCUCUCCCACAUUUCCGCCGACGGCCCUUUUGCUCCGACUGCCAAGCUAGAGGACAACCGGAUCCAUCUCUCAUACAUCCUCAAGAAAGACGUCAAAACGAGAGUCGACAUUGCCAGAUAUCUACUUGCGAUCGAAAAACAAACUCACUUGGAUCUUCCGUUCGUCCAGGUAGCUAGUCUCAUUGUUUUCAAUGUAAAAAUAUAUUCCGUACAGCAUUUCGAAGUUUCCACGAUGACCCUUGAUGUCUUGAGCGAAGGAUCGUACGUGGUUCUCGAUGGAGAGGUGAUUGACACAAAGUCAUUAACUGUCUCAUCUACACACAACAACAUAUGCGUUUUCUCGCUUUCGGCCUGAAUUCAUAUUAUCAUUUUUCUCUAUUUUCUUCUUUUCCGUCGCUGACCGGUUUAGUGUAUAAACAUCAAUGUAUAGUAAAAUAUCCGUCAAGGAUAUCAAUACCUAAUCUAUUUUCAAGGGCCCUCUCCCUUUCGCCUUUUCAAUGUGCUUUCUCACUUUUUAUUGCGUCCCUUUCGUGGCACUCUGUGAUAUAAAGUUUUUCUUCUUCUAGCCUGCGUGACCGUAGAUUGUACAAGUUGUUUUCUGAUAUUUUUCAUCCUAUCAAGCCCUCAUUUCACCACUCAUUUAAAAGAUGCUGCAAAACCGUGCUGUUCGGUCGCUCCAUCACACUUCGAAACGGCUCUUCAACUGGCGGGACUCCAUGCAAGAAGGCACAUUUUCAGCCGAUGUCCACGAGACUAAACCGACCCAUAUCAUCGUGGGCGCAGGAAGUGCUGGCUGUGUUUUAGGUGAAUAGGAAGUUGUAAUUUAGAAGAGACCUCAGCAUUACUUUUAGCGAAUAGACUGACAGAAGAUCCAUCGAAUCGGGUGCUUCUCAUCGAAGCAGGACCAGUGGACCACCGAUGGGACUGGCGGAUACACAUGCCGGCCGCCCUUAUGUACAAUCUGUGCUCGGAAACGUACAAUUGGCAUUAUCACACGACGGCGCAGAAAAACCUCGGAAACAGAGUAUUCUAUUGGCCGAGAGGAAGGUGAGAACUCAUCGGAAAUUGAGUGGAAACGGAACCAAACACAAAUUCAGAGUGUGGGGAGGCAGUUCGACGUUGAACGCGAUGUGCUACGUUCGAGGACACGCAUUUGACUACGAUCGGUGGGAAAAAGAGGGAGCUGUCGGAUGGAAUUAUGCCAAUUGUCUUCCGUAUUUCAAAAAAGCGGAAACAUAUUCGCAUUCUACUGGAGAAACAGAUGCGUACCGCGGACACAACGGACCGUUGCACGUGAGCAGAGCAAACGCGGAUAAUCCGCUGCACAAGGCUUGGCUGAAAGUUGGAGAUGAGCAUCCGAUUGGGAAAACGGAGGAUAUGAACGGAGAGAAACAGGAGGGAAUAUCCACUAUGGAUAUGAAUAUCCACAAAGGAGAGCGGUACUCUAACGAGCAUUUCGAAAAAAGAAAUUCAUAACUUGCAGAUGGAGUGCUUCGAAAGCGUACGUGCAUCCGAUCAGAAGUCGUCCAAAUCUCAUCACUUCAUCCGGAAUCACUUGCACGCGCGUUCUCUUCGACAAGACCAGGGCGAUCGGAAUAGAGUUCAUUCGAAAACUCAACUUUGUCGGGACGGACAGCAUCGAUUCGUACAGUCGCGAGAAAGUUUACUGUCAGGGAGACGUCAUCCUGUCUGGCGGAGCCAUCAACACUCCGCAAAUUCUGAUGCUGAGUGGAGUGGGACCAGCCGCCCACUUGAGAUCUCACGAGAUCCCAGUAGUUGUCGACCUACCCGGAGUGGGACAGAAUCUGCAGGAUCAUUUGGAGAUCUAUGUACAACAGGAAUGCACUCAGCCAGUCACCCUGUACGAUAAAAGCUCCUGGAAGUUCCCUCACAACAUGAUCAAGAUUGGUCUGGAAUGGUUCACGAACAGGACGGGACUCGGCGCGUCUUCUCAUCUAGAAACAGGCGGAUUCGCAAGAUCGGAUCAGUCUGUCAGCCACCCAGACAUCCAGUUCCAUUUCCUUCCGUCAACAGUACAUGACGACGGAAGAACCAGUGGUACCUGUCACGGUUAUCAAGUAAGGAAGCUUCGUUCUUCUGACAGUGAAUAAAAAAUAAAUGUGUUGUCCAGGUACACGUUGGUCCGAUGCGGUCCCAAUCGAAAGGAUACGUCAUGCUACAGGCGAACGAUCCGAGAAGAGCACCGAUAAUCAACCCGAACUACAUGGACGAAGACGCGGAUUGGCGGGAGUUCCGCAAGUGUAUCCGCGUGUCGCGGGAACUGUUUGCUUCGAAGGCAUUCGAUGAAUUCCGAGGGAAGGAAUUGGCUCCGGGAGUGGAAACACAGUCAGAUGCGGAUAUCGAUCGAUUUGUAAAGGAGAAGGCGGCGUCCGCGUAUCAUCCGUCGUGCACUUGCAAAAUGGGAUCGAAAACGGACAGAAUGGCAGUGGUUGAUCCAGAGUCGAUGACUGUUUACGGAACAGAAAAUCUAAAGGCGAGAGGGGAGAGGUGCUCUAAAAGUAACGCUAAUUCUGUUGCAGGUGGUGGAUGCUAGUGUGAUGCCGUCGAUUGUCAGUGGAAAUCUGAAUGCGCCAGUGAUGAUGAUGGCUGAACGGGCUGCCGAUUUGAUAAAGCACAAAAAGCAGAUUCUACCGCCUUCAGCAGCGAACGUUUGGAAGCAUAAUUAG